UCUUUCGUGUCCUGCUGUGUGCUCUAACCCGUGACAGAUAGCCUUGGCGAGGUGCCGGGGCGACAUCGCGAUGACGAGUUGCGCGAUGGAGCUCUGGGGUCGCGGGGGGAGAGAGGGCGGGCUCCGAGGGAGCUUGAUGUAUCUGGUGCGGCCCAUCGCUCGCCAUCAUAUAUAGCUCUCAUGGGAAUCAUUGUAGGACUCCGGGAUUCCGGAGAGGGCUUCCUGGAGGGCGACGAUACCACUUCAAGGGGAGGAGACAUCCUGCGGGCUUCCUUCAACGAUGGCCAUAGUCUUCCAGGCCCGCGUGCUCCAGCAGGAUAUGUAAGUCCGAGGACUCACGGACUACCGAUGAUGUGCCGGCUCGAAGCCGCCACUCUCUCCUCCGGUCCUCGUGCCUCGGCCCCACGGCGUGCUCGUAUUUGCUGCGCGCUGCUGCCUCUCUCGAUGGAAGUCAAUUCCCGCCCCGUGUGUCGCCGCGUAAACCCCCCACGUCAUCGGUACACCGUGCGGGUGGUCUCCCAUCCGGACGGGCGGCUUCCCGACUGUUCGCCGUAUACAGAUACCCAGCAUCAUCCGUACAAGAAAGAGCCUCUUCCGUAUGGGAGGCUCGUUCAUGCUCGAGACCGACGCUCGAAACGGGCCCGGAGGGCAAAUCCCUCCCUCCUGCCAGAAGAUGUAGAUACGCAUCGGCGUCUGCUGCAGGAAGGCGUCAAUCCCAAUAACCUCUCGAAACCAAACCAAACCAAACCAAACCAAACCAAACCAAACCAUGCGCCGCCGUUUAUAACUUCCAACCCCGUCGUCGUACCCUCACACCCGCGAACCAGUGCACCUCUCGCUGUCCUUGCCCAUCCUCACUCAUCCGCGCGCCAGGCACACACUCGCAAAGGAUAGACCAUCUACAUCCUCUACCCAAGGCCAAAUGUCUACAGCCAGCCCGC